GUAUUACGAUUCGCAUACUUUUUGAAACAACUGUUAUCACCUUUCGUGGAUUUGCGAUGACAAUUUCAAGACAUUUUGGACGUCUUACCUUCUGCUUAUAUGUGGACGAGGCCAUUUGCAUAGAGAUGACGAAAUAUUGUCGUAAGCCAAUCGGCCUUCUGAUUUGGGGGAACACAUGACCAGCUUCAGCCAAUCAAAAAUCUGGGCGUCAAAUUCAAUAUAUUCCCUUCGUCGUAUAGAUCUAUAGGGGGUACCUCAAAUUGACAAAGCAUGGCAAAGCAAUUGACGAGUAACUUCCAAGCACUAUACGUCGACGAAGACAAAAUACUAGCAGAAAGUUCUGGUGAAGAGAUGGACCACGAAGAGUCUGAAAUUCAGAAGAAAGAGAAGAAUGAGCCUGAAGUAAAAGAAGAGGAGAAGAAAGAACAAAAGAAAAGGAGCCUGGAAACUGACUGGCUGAAAGAUGCAGCAUAUCCUGACCACAAGUACCAGAAGCAAGAAGAAGUGAAGCGCUGCUAUCGCUGCCAGUCUACGCAGCACCUGAUCAGAGACUGCGACAAUCAUCGUGGAGGUCGCGGAGGUCGCGGAGGUCGCGGUGGUCGUGGUCGUGGUGGGAGGGGGAGGGGAUCAAAGAUGGGGUCGGGGGAGGAGGGCAAGAGGGUGUUUCAGUUUUUCUUUAAUUAAGUUCCUUUCUUUGUUCUAAACAAGUUGUACUACAUUAGGUUUCUUUCUUUGUAAUCAAUCAGUGUGCAGUAUUAGUUUGUUCCAGAAAAUCAUCGCUGUGUUGCCCUACACUACUGUACCUUCUAUGACAAGUGUUGACUAAAAAUGUAUAUUUUUGGCUUCUAUGCCCUUGUAUGUAAACCAAAUGAACUGAAAUUUGGUACAAAGGUAGAUUAGACAUAUGACAACAGGACCCCAUCAACACUUUCUUCAAAGUUUUACUACAUUAGGUUCUUUUCUUCGUAAUCAAUCAGUGUGCAGUAUUAGUUUGUUCCUGAACAUCAUCGCUGUAAUGUACAUGUUUCCGGCCUUGUUGCCCUACACUACUGUACCUUCUAUGACAAGUGUUGACUAAAAAUGUAUAUUUUUGGCUUCUAUGCCCUUGUAUGUAAACCAAAUGAACUGAAAUUUGGUACAAAGGUAGAUUGGACAUAUGACAACAGGACCCCAUCAACACUUUCUUCAAAGUUUUACUACAUUAGGUUCUUUUCUUCGUAAUCAAUCAGUGUGCAGUAUUAGUUUGUUCCUGAACAUCAUCGCUGUAAUGUACAUGUUUCCGGCCUUGUUGCCCUACACUACUGUACCUUCUAUGACAAGUGUUGACUAAAAAUGUAUAUUAACGUAUGUAGUACAACUUGUUUAGAACUAUGUAGUACCACUUGUUUAUCUUGAUCUUAUGUAAUUGGGAAUAAAAUGUCACAACACAUUAAAAAGGCCUGUUUCUUUUUUUUUUAAUCAAUAUAAUUUAUGGUAAUAAAAGUUCAAGACUGACAAGAAAGAAAGAAAGUCACAAAGCACAAUGAAGACUUGGGUAUUGACAGUUAGCUACAUGUUUAACUUACAUAUACUUGGUUUAACUUUUUUAGGUACAGGUGCAGGUCCGGACAUGUACCUAAACCCCUGUACCUGUACCUGAAAUUUGUUUAGGUACACAGCCCUAGUAUCCAGGUUUAGAUAAAGCCCUUUUUAACCAAACCCCAGGCAGGCAGGCACAUUAUCAUCCAUUCAGUAGACGUGGAGAAAUCAGAAAGAGAA